AUGGCUUCCCCUAGCGUUCUCACCUUUGACGCUGAGGGUCGAGCAGUAGACUUUGAGGUCUGGGUAGAUGAUCUGCAGCUUUUCCUGCAGUGCGAUAGGGCGAACGGCCUCUCCCUGUUUGACCUCACUUCUGGUGCCUCCCCUGCCCCUGCUGCUGAUGUUGACGCCACUGUUCGCUCACAGUGGGCCACACGUGAUGCUGCUGCUCGCCUUGCUGUGCGCCGCCACUUACCGACCACUGAGCGUGCACACUUUAGCAAGUACAAGAGGGCUCAGACCUUGUACGACGCUGUAGUUGCACGCUACUCUUCCCUUGCCACUACUGCACUGAGCCGCCUCAUGCUACUGUACCUGUUCCCUGACCUUGCUGCCUUUCCCACAGUCGCUGACCUCAUUACGCACCUCCGCACUAGUGACACUCGCUACCGCGCUGCGCUUCUUGCUGAGUUCUGCGCCAAGAACCCCCCCCCCCCCAUGUACAUCACCCUCUACUACAUAGUCACCCGGCUCCUUGACUCUCUUCGGGUAGUCAGGGACCACUUCCUCUCUGUUUGCCCCACCACUCUCACCGUUGACCUCCUCGAGAAGGCCCUCCUAGCGAUAGAGAAGAGCAUAGUCACUGUAGGAGCCUCUCGUGGUGACCCUCGCACCCCCGUCUUUGAGGGGUGUUCUCCCUCCCCCCUCUUGCCCUCUGUUCUCGGUGGGGGUUUUGGUCCCUGCUCUUACGCUCUCCGUACCGGCGACCGCACCGGUGAGCAGUGCGGAGGCCCGCACUCCAUCCAGCGUUGCUUCGGUCGCCUGACGGACGCGUGGCGUCGCCAGUUCCCUGAGGCGUCAGAGAUCCCUUGCUGGGGAGAUCUGGCUAAGGCCGGGGUUGCUAUCUUUGAUCUUGACUUUGAUGCUAUUCUUGCUGUCAUGUAUGCUGUUGCUGAUAGUGUUGAGGGUGCCUGUUACCUGUGUGUACCGCCUGACCCGGGCAUUGAGGCUGCUGAGCUAGGUGCUAGUGAGACUGCUGCUGUAGUUGCUAGUGCGUCUACUGCCCCAGGGGCCAGUGCGUCUGCAGUCCCAGGUGCUGGUGAGUCUGCUCUCUCAGGUACUACGCCGGCUCAGGCCUUCCACACCUUCACCCUGGACUCGGGUGCGUCCCGCUCCUUCUUUCGAGACCGCACCACUCUUACGCCGCUUAGUCGGCCGGUUGCAGUCUCCCUGGCAGACCCCUCUGGGGGUCUUGUCCUUGCUAGCUUCUUCAUUGUCCUUCUGUGCCCUGCAGCCCCCUCUGGCACCCUGUCAGGUCUCUACCCCCCCUCGUUCUCUACGAAAUUGGUGAGUGGAGCGGACCUACAGGAUCGAGGGGUUGACCAGUUCAAUCCUGCGAGUCAGCGAGUGACCCACUGCACGUGUGCUCGGACAGGCCGACACUUGGCCACGCUCACCCGUCGCCCAGGGUCGAGCCUGUACACCCUUACUGCUGAGUCUCCUCCUACUGCUGAGUGUGCCCAGGUAGCUGCGUCGAGUGCGGUGUUUGCUGCGGCGUCCAAGUCUGGUCCUGAGUCUGCCCCCUGCUCGUGUCUUCCGUUCAGUCAUGCGGUUGUGUGUCUUUGGAUUUAA